AUGAAAGAACACCAAUUUGAACUUCAAUCAAACGACCGUCUUGAUUGGUUUAAGAUCAACGUCGACCAUAUACAAGAUGUGAACAUCCAUGCAGUCAGUUUUCAAAGAUUCAAAGAUAAGUUGCACAACCUUACUGAAUUAAAUGCCCAUAAUGAACACUAUGGGAAGAUUCAACCAAAUUAUGUUGAUCCUUUAUUAAAGGAUGCACGUAUCGGUUAUGCCAAAGAUAGUUCAAAUUUUGAAACAGGCAUUGUUGAUGCUGUUGUAUGCCCAUAUUGUGAUCCUUUCGAAUGUGUAUCUUCAGAUUUCCUUAGUGUCACUUCUUAUUCUCUUGAAGAUGAUGGGUAUGAAUACCAUUUGAGAUCAAUCCAUGGUAUUUUCGCUGAUGGUUCCAAAGUUACUCAGCCAUUUAUUGGUGAUACAUUCAUAUAUGAUGAUAAUAAUGGUAGUGAAUUAGAGAAAAAGAAAAGCUUAGUUAUUGUAUGCUCACAUCAUUUGGAUGGUGAUAAAGAAAAAGCAUGUCUUGCAAGUUUCUAUCUAGACGAUUCAGAUUAUCCUUUAUCUGAGUAUUUUGAUCAUUAUUAUUCAUCUCAUGUGUUACAUAAAGAAGACCCAUCAUCAAUCCCACGCUAUAUACCAAUAUGUCAUGAUGAGGAAAACCCUGGAUGGUUAAAUUUCAAAGAAAAUUUGUUUGUUCCCAUUGAUCCUCAUAUUCAUUGUGAUGCAGAUCUUCAUUUAAGCAAAAGCUGUACUGAUAUUACGCUUCAACCAUUUGUCUUACCCCAAUGGGAUGAUGUGAUUUUCACAGAUUCAAGAUUAAGGAAUAAAAUUGCAAAUAGACCAAUUAUUUCAAAAAAUUAUACUGAAGGUUAUUGGAUUCACUAUAAUCGUUUAUCUUCAAGAAAUCCUGCUGAAAUUUUAAUGAAUGAAUGGGAAGAAGAAUGUAAAUUGGAAACAGAAACAAAAGCUAAUAACAAAACUUCUGAGAAGAAAACUUUAGAUGAAACCACUGUUGAACAAAUAGAGGAUUUAGAAUAUGAAAAACAAUUAUCUGACACAGAAUCUGUAUAUUAUGAUAGUGAAAGUACAAUUCAAGAUGAAUCUAUCAUUUCAUCUAUGUUUGUUUCGGAUGAUAAUACUGGUUCUAAUAAAGUUAAUAGUGUCCAAGAAGCUUUUAAUGAACUUUCCCAAGAUUUAUCUCAGGAAAUGGAUUUUAUAACCAUAGCUCCAAAAAGAUUAGUCUAUUUUUUACCUCCUGAUCCAGAUAUUUCAGUUGAAUCAUAUCCCACAAGGGAUAAAGAGCCAAGAAGGAACACAAAUUCCCAGAAACAAAAUAAUAUACAAGAGCAUAGGAAAACCGAGUUACAUCAGAAUAAAAAAGAUAAAAAGAAGAACAAUCUUGUAAAUUGUUGGCUUCAUCCUGAAAUAGAAUCUGAUACAGUUGAAGAUGAGUUAAGUGAAAUUUCAGAUAUAGAUGAUCAAAAAUCACCAUCACAAAGUCGACCAACAUUUACAAUUGGUGAUUCAGACUCAGAAGCAGAAGAUAAAGAAAAUUUAGAAUCUGAUUGUGAAUGGAUAUUCAGUGUUUCAAAUAGAAAGUAG